UGUCAGCCCGCUCACACACCAGCGCUCACUCACCAAUGGAAAUUGUUCGUGCCAUCGAAUUAGUCAGUAGGGAUAUACGCGCCGAAGCUAGGGGAGGGAUAUCCAGUUGCAUCCACCAAAUCGUCCAUGCACUCGGGGCAUACUACCUAUGUAUAGGCUGCAUUAGCUGGCAAAACUAAUGCUUUGGCAACAAAUGCUUGUUAAUUGAUUGGUAACUAGAGCCCGGCCUACCGAGUAUAUCCAUGGGAUGUUACGCCGGCCCACAUUUACCUGCAUGCCACUCUAUAAUGGAUUAGGGUCUAAUCAUAUUCAGGAGACGGCGAUUGACGGACAAUCGAAUACCCCUGUCUCUCCACCAGUUGGUUUUAGCCACUUUUUGGUUGCGCCUUGAAUACAGAUGUCACAGGCAAGCUUACAUUGAAACAUUGUUCGUCACUAAGUCUGUCGGAAGAUCAGAUUGCUAUACCCUGCGGCUCCAAUGGCGAUACAGGAUGUAUGGGUCAUAUGAAACCUUCUCUUAAUCUACGGGGAACCUACUGCUUGCAGGCGCUAAUCAAAACACUGGUUGACGCACCCAAACGUAGAUCCCGGUCUUCCCAGCCAGUGAUUUCCAUGCACUCUAGAUGGCUCGAUUGGCUCUUAUCAUAGAAAGGCCCGACUUUGUUACGGAAGAAAACUACACGAGAUGAGAUGCAAGUUUUUAAAGAAAGUAGAAAUAUGAUUCUGGUGCAAUGGAUGAUUAUGAAGGUAUAUAAAGCUAAGCAGUCCAAGUUUCCGGCAUCAUGUCUAUAUUGUUGGAAUCCCAUCAAGUCAUAGACACAGCCUUCCGUUUCCCAGAAUUUUGCGCUGGACUAUACAGCUGCACCCUUUUUUUAUAUACUUGAUUGAACUCGUAUAUUUGGGCGAUGCCCUUCCGCAAUGGUGGUAUUCCAAAUCCGUCAACAAUCACAAACGGAGACCGGACACACAAUCCCUCUCUUGAGCUGGAGCCAUGGAUGCUCUACAUUACCUUAUUCCGUCUGGAAAAGGACGGAACCUAUCACUGGGCUAGUCAAUGCAACUACCAAUCGGACCGGUAUCGUCUGCCACAACACUAAUGACGGAGAUGGCUUUUAUCUUAGCCAAUUCCUUCAUCCGCAUUUGUUGAACUCGACAAGAUUCUUGACAGCCGUCAAGGUAUCAAGACUUACAGACUAUGAGCGCAAGUUUCACGAAGAAUUCCACACAAGGAUUGGCGAGGUUCCAAUAGAAGGUCAUACGUGCCGCACAUGGCUUCUAGAUGCUCUCUUUGAGGUUUCCGACCAGGGACUCAUUGAUCUUCAGCCAAAAAAAGCACAGUUAUCUCAGAUCGAAACUGAGGCACUUGGCUAUGCCAUCAGGGCCGCCGGGAGAGGGGGGGGGGGGGGGGGUGGCCACAGUCGUUACGAGUUUUUGCUUCGAAACCAAAAUCACGGUAGCCUAGCACAAGCAAACAUAUUGUUGCUUAGUAUCUGCUACUCUGGGUCCCACAAUGAGGCGGAAAGGGUUAUAAAAUAA